ACGAUUCUACGGGUGCCGACAUGUUUCCGAGCUGAAUUAGAACGCAAAAAACGCCCUGUAUACGCUCAAUUUACAAAAACAAACUUUCAAUGUUUGAUACUUUACAUAAAAUACAAGUGAUCGAUGCCUAACAUAUGGGUGGCAACAAAUGUAUACGAUAUCGUUGAAAUUUUGAGUGGCGUUAUUGGAUCUAUUUUCCGAGCAACUUCGCGCUUUCGAGAACUGAAAUCAUGACGGCACCCGUAGUCGCGUAUUUUGUUCAAUUUUAUGCCCAAGUGGUGCCUGCAGUUUUAGGCUUCAGUAACUUUGCGUAAAAUAAAUAAAAAACAAAGAAAUUCGACGUCUUUUUUGGAAUAAAACGUAUUGGUGGCAAUGGCAGAUGUAACGGAGGAAACAACAACAAUAGAUGCGAAUGCAUUACUGGAAGAGCCAAUAGCUGAAAAUGCAUCUGGUACUGUUGUCACUACUACAGAUGCCGAUAUUGUGUCAAAAGCUUUCACGAGUGUGGAGGAAGAUGGGACGGAGGUUCAGUACGUUACCAUGACUCCUGAGGAAGCUGCAGCAGCUGGUGUCACAAUGGAAGAAGAGGAACAGGUUGUAACCACUUCUCUUCAAUUUGACCCUGCCAACCCAUCAGUGUUAUACACUGCUGAUGGUACCUUGAUUAACCAAGCUGAUCUAAGUCCUGAAGAGCAAGCUCUUGUACAAGCAGCCCUUCAACAACAUCUUGCAGAGCAGGAGGCAGAACAGCAACUUGCUUUGAUAGAAGAGCCAAGUCAAGAAACCCAGCUUACUCUUCCCACUAUUAUUGGUUCUGAUACCACAAGUGCACCCACACAGAAUGGUGAUCCACUCACUAUGAGUGUGGCAGGUGCGGGUAAUACUUCUGUACAAUCUGUAACUGGAACAACCGCACCUCUUGCUACUAUAACACCUGCUACAACGGCAUCUAGUGGGAAAGGCAUCAACCUAGCCUCCCCACACACCAAUGCUUCACAAAUAGUUCAAACAUUAGCCGACAAUGUAAGAAGGCAACAGGAAUAUCUUAAAGCUCAACAUUUACUGAAACAAGCUGAAUUGACCAACAGGAAUUCCCAGCCACCAGAAGGAUACAGAUAUGAGGAGAAGAUAGUAAUACGACAAGGACAACCCCAAGUAGUGAAGCUGCCGGUUAAAGUUCAGAAGAAACCAGAGAUCCCGGCAGCCCUGGCAAACCUCAUGCCCAAGAUCGAGGUUGGCAAGGACGGAAGUCAGGUGAUUAGAAUCCACCAAUCACAGAUCAGUGCUGAACAGUUAAGAUCUUUGCAGGAAAACCCAAACGUCCGCCUUGUGUUCCGACCUGCAAAUGCCAACAAGAAUCGACCGCGUAACGGAGCACCUGUGGUUGCCGGAAAGAAGAGAGGAAGACCUCGUCGUGUUUAUGAUAAUGAUGGAAAUGAUCCCAAGGAUGCAGAUUAUGUGGAUGAGAGUCCUCCAUCGAAAACUAGGUAUGGCCGUACACCAAAACAGCCCUAUUAUUCAAAGGAUUAUACAACACCCAUAGAAAAUGAGGAUGGUACAGUUACUUACCCACGCCCUACACCGAAACCCAUAAUGGUGGGUAGAAGGGGAAGAACACCAGGUUCAUUAAACAAAAGCACCAUAGAGCGAGCAUAUAGAAGGUCCAACUCAUAUGCUCAUAAGAUAGAUGUGUUGCGUGAACAGGAACUGAUUCAAGAUGAAGACCUCACUAAUGCAAGGCUGGCUAUCACUCCACAAAAGCCAGUAUUGAGCAGUGUAGAGCAAGCGAUUUCUACAAGGAGGAAAAAUCGACUUCGUGAACUUUUAAGUGCUUGCUCCCAGGAUGAAAUAAUGGAGGUUGCUCUUCCACAUCUUGCUCGUGCUUUCUCACUAUGGGAGUUUCUUAUUAUGAAGGUGGAACAGAACAAGCAGAGCAGAGUUUACUUUGCUGAUGUAUACAAGGAAUAUGAGGCUUUGCACAGGUACGUCUCUCGCCUCACUGUCAAGUACAAGGAUUGUAUUCAACAGAAAGCUAUAGAGGGAACAAAAGAUGCAUUAGAAGAAACAGAGAAAAAGAACUUGGUGAAAGUUAAAUGUAAAAAGUUGGCUGAGUCUCUUGGUUUGGAAGCAGAUGAAUUAGAAGACACAUUUAUCAACUUAUUGGAUUCCACGCCUAUUAUUCCUACUGUGAGUGGCAAACAAGAGAUGGUUAUAUCAAAUAUUGGAGAACAGGCGCAGACACUCGAAGAUAGCACCACAAGCAAAGACAACCAAGAAACAACGACAGUCGAAUCGUCUUCGAAGUUGAUCCCAGUCACCACACAAGCUGCAGUGCAACCAGAGAUGCCCCCUCUUGCCCCCUUGACCGCGGAGAGCGACGAAAAAGAGCCAGCAGUCGAGGCAAGUAUGGACACCACUGACGCCCCAGAAGGAAUGCAAAUCGACGAAACAGAAACCGCCACAGGUGCUGCUGCAGAUGGUGAGACUCCUAGCGAGGAUGGUGCUGGUGGCACGCAGAUCAUUCAGAUUGGAACCGGCGACGAUAAACAGUUUAUAGAAGUUCCUGAAGGCUACACACUCAUACAGACACCCGAGGGCCUCGUCAUGUCACAGCCGGGCACGACUUUAUCGCAAGCAGAGGACGGCACGAUAUACGUCACCCAGGAGGAUGGGACCACAGCUCCACUCGACUCCCAGCAUUCUAUUCCAUUAGAAGCUGCUGAUGCUGUGGACACUACAAGCCCUGAUGCUAUUACCACUGAAGCUCAGUAACUUGGUGGAUAUCAAAUUCUACACGAAGGAGAAAGCCGUUUGCCUCAUGCCCAACGUUGACCUUGAAAUUCACAAUUGAUUUUCAUUUCAAAAUCCUUUGUGUGUUCUUCAUCUAUAUUUAGUGGACACCUUGUUGUAUUAACAACAUAUGCUCUUGUUUAACCUCGCUUUAAGGCGUCAGUGAAUAACUCCUUACAUUUAACAUUAGAAGGUCAUAUCGUAUCGAUUUAACGACCGUAGUUAAGUUACCCAGAAAUUUAAUUCCUUAUGUUACCAGCUCUAUGAAUUUAAGAGAUAUUUUAUAAACACCCAGCCCACGUGGUUACUUUACAAAAUCUUUACCACGUGUUUUCAAUUACCGCCAACCUUAACAAUCGUACAAGGUGCGUAACUUAUCAUUGCUUAUCACCAGAUUUACAAUCCUUCUAUACAACAAAUCACUCCUAAACUUUUCGUUUAGUUGUUUUUAUAUAAGAGGCUGAGUUUGCGACGAACAGUUUUCUUGUCAGUUGACAUAACGCGUUCCUUUUCAUUCAAAUUGUGUUUAAAUUGUUACGAAUUUUAAAUACAGCCAUGUACAUACGGAGAA